CCCCUGAACAAAGGGACUUGGUAGACUUUUUCUUCACUUAUAUUUUUAACUUUGUACUGCAUAACAAGAAGAUGACAAAUCUUUCAGCAGUUUUAUUUUUUUUCAUGACUGCACAGACAUUUGCAGUGAUCAGGGCUCAGGUGUGUCCUCGGCGAUGCCUGUGUCCUGCCGAGGUUCCAGUGUGUCUCUCUGGGGUGCCCCUGGUCCUGGAUGACUGUGCCUGCUGUCUGGUUUGUGCAGGUCAAAAAGGCCAAGCAUGCUCAGAGAUGAAACCCUGUGACACAAUUAAAGGGCUGCAGUGUGAUUACUCAGUGGAUGUUCACAAGAGAACUGGCAUCUGUGCGGUCAGUGUGGGUAAUGUGUGCAUUUUGGAGGGUUUAGUCUAUCAGCAUGGCCAGAUCUUCUUCCCAAGCUGUAAAUACCAGUGUGUGUGCCAGAAUGGUCAGAUAGCCUGCAUUCCUCGCUGCAACCUGGAUGUUAUGCUUCCUGGGCCCGAUUGUCCAAUCCCACGCAAGGUCCAGGUUCCUGGAGAAUGCUGUGAGAAGUGGGUGUGUGAGCCCCAGACUGAAGCAAGUGCACUGGGUGGCUUUGCCAUGGCCGCCUUUCGUCAAGAAAAAACUGUAGGUUUUGGAAGGUGGGACCCCAGGCUGAACUGCAUUGAGCAGACCACAGAGUGGGGGGCCUGCUCUGAAACAUGUGGCAUGGGGGUCUCCACCAGGGUCACAAACAAGAACAACCGCUGUGAGAUGGUGAAGCAGAGUCGGCUGUGUAUGAUUAGAUCCUGUGAAGACCUGCAGGGACAAUUGACUCAGGUUGCACUAAUGGUAAGAUUCAUUCAAUGCCAGAGGGUUGUGAGGAGCGACAAAGCUGUUCACCUUGAGCAUAAGAACUGCACCAGUGUUCUGGCCUACAAGCCUCGCUACUGCGGCACCUGUACAGAUGGACGCUGCUGCACCCCCCACCGAACCAAGACCACUCUGGUGAAGUUCCAGUGUUCCAACAACACAAUCACCCGCAAGCCAGUCAUGGCAAUCCUAACCUGUGUCUGCCACACCCAUUGCCCUAGAGACAAUGCUGCAUGGGAGCCAUCGCUGCUCCUAUACGGUGGCAUGACAGGAAGAUGAGUCCAGGUUGUAGCUAACGACAAAAUAAUUGCCGUAUUGAGUCCUGAAUAUUAACAUCCAGCACAAUAUUUAAUGCUGCCAAUAAUAUAUAUAAAAAAA